UUGAAGAAACCGCUUCAAUAUAUAUCCCAACAGUUACAGUCCAAAACUUAGUCGCCUACUCAAACAAUGUCAACCUUUCCAUUAGAUAUUGUCUCUGAAAUUCUCUGUCGACUACCCGUUAAAUGUGUCUUACGUUGUAGGUGUGUAUCAAAAUGUUGGUUGACUCUUAUUGAUAGUCCUGAGUUUUCUAAAUUGCAUGUCAAUUAUUCACUGAAACUGAAAACAACCAAUUCUAACCUUUUCUUGAUCUUGAGAAAGGUUGAUUAUAAUGGACAUGGAAAGCGUUGCUUUUACUCUCUACACUUUGAUAAUCUCAAUUCCCGAGUUGUUACUCCUAAAGAAUUGACCAACCCUUUGAUGUCUUAUGAAUUUAAUACCAAGAUUCUUGGUUCUUGCAAUGGUUUAUUGUUGAUAUCAAAUACUGUGAAUGAUAUUGCUUUAUGGAACCCGUCUACUGGAAAGCACAAGAAGUUACCCAUUCUUGGUAUUGGUGAAAAUCAUGUUCAUGUUAGUUUUGGUUUUGGAUAUGAUGUUGUCAAUAAUGAUUAUAAGGUUGUUAGAAUUGUGCAGUUUUCGGGUUCUGAAAAAGGUUCUUUUCACUCUGAUGUUAAGGUUUAUAGUUUGAAAUCAAGUUGUUGGAGAGGGGUUGAUGAACAACUUCCUUAUUUCCUCCAAUAUGUAGAUCAACCAGGUACUUAUCUAAAUGGUUCAUUGCAUUGGUUUGCUAGUGCUAAGAUGGAGAUACCCGAAAAUAAUUUAGAACUCCUGAUUGUUGCUUUUGAUCUUGGAACUGAAAAGUGGCGACUUGUUCCCCCUCCCCGUUAUAUGAGUUUCAAUGUGAAUUUGGUCUUAUUGGGAGGUUCUCUUUGCGUAUAUAAAACCUACUUGAUAGAUUCUUAUGAUGAUUGGGGAAAUGUGGAUCUUGUUGUGGACCAUGUGGACAUAUGGGAAAUGAAGGAAUAUGGAGUUAAGGACUCAUGGACUAUGGUUGCAUCACUUGAACAACCAGAUAAGCAAAUUGGCUGUACUGUGGUCCCACUUGCAUAUUCGAAGAAUGGAGAGGAAAUUCUUGUGGAACUAGAUAAUAGGCGAUUCGUGUGGACUAGUAUUGCGGGGGACUCUAUAAAGAUCGUUGAUAUUGAAAUUGGGGCUUUACGGGGCUUUCUACAUUUCAAUAGUUAUGUUUAUUUGGGAAGCCUCGCUCACCUCAGUUCCAAUGAUGACACAAGUGAUCGGUAUAAUCAAGAUAAAGGAGGAAAGAAGAAAGCCCUAAAGAAGAGAGGAGAUGAUUUCCUUUCAAAGGGGUUCAAGUUGAAGCUUUGAGCAAUGAAUGAGGUGAAGAUUUGGAGGGUCAAGGAUGCGUUUUUGAUGCUUAAACACUGAAGCAGGACAAUCAAGAAGAGCAUAUUUCGUAUUUUUGACUUUAAGCUCCAAUAUCCCUCCUACUCUUCUUUUGAUAUAAACAGUAGAUACUUAUGUUUUGAUAUCAGUUUUUAGUCGAUAAAGCUGAUGACUGACUUGUAUGGAAUUUACAGAUAUGCUUUUCCAUUUUGAUGUGCCUAUAUGGAUUUGUUAUUUUUUCAUGCUUUUGUAAUUGUAAGGCUGCAUGAUGGAUUUAGUGAAUGGUUCACUUUAGUUGCUGAUCGAUUCUUUUCCUGCGCUUAAUUAUUGUGGGGAGAUUGAAAUUGUAGACAAUGCUCUUACCACAUAUUAUUCAUGGGGUUAAGUUAAUUAAAUAAGGCAAUUCUUAAGUAUGCUUGCCUUACUUGAGCCAAGGUCUAUUGCAAAUAACCUCUCUCUAUGUUAUGGGAUUACACUGGGUAUCCUGUUGUUAAUUCUUAAGUAUGCUGCCCAUUUCAUCUAGUUUCCGGUCGCUAUAUGUUUUAGGUAAAAUAAAUCAAAUGCCCUUGAACUAUAACCGAAAAGUCAAGUUCACACUCAAACUAAUCGGGCGACCUAUUACCUCUCUUGACCAUCUAAAAAGUGAAUUUAAUACUACCCUAGAAGCUGAUGUGACACAAAAAUUACUGUAUAAUUAAAAAAUAGGAGAGCGAAGUAGUAAAAAUAAUUUUUAAAUUUUAAUAAAAACUAUUUUUUUUUCACUCCUCCUCCAUUUCACCUCCCUAUAUGUUUGAGGUAAAGUGAGUUACAAAGUUUAUUUCUCUGAAUAUCGAGGAAUUGCUAUUAAAGCAGCAAACAUUGAGAGAUCGUAUGCUUUCAGUUUCAUCUGUUCGUUUUUUUCUUCUGUAUUCUCAUGCGCUAAACACUGCUAAUUUUGUGAAUGGGAAACUUAGCUUUUAAAAUUCUUCCAAGUUUCUAGUUUUCCAUAUGUGCCAGCAAAUAAGGAGAGGAAUAUUUUGGUUAACUUGCCUUUAGUUUUAGAUGACUUGUGAUAAUAAGAAGGAAAGUCUUUUUUUUUUUUUUUUUUUUUUUAGUAUAAAUCAUUACAUGAUGAUCAUCAGUGAAAUUAUUUCCGUUAUUUACUGAUCUAUUAUUAUUUUAAGUAACUCAUGUUUAUGUCAGUGAAUAGAUUUUUAAAUCUAAAACUAGAAGUAAUUCAUUAUUAAAUCAGAUUUGAUGCUUCCAGCUAUCCAAACAAUUUUCCUUUGUAAAGACCAAAAUCACAGUUUGCAAAACAAAACAAAAUUUUGCUCGACAAACGUAUUUAAAGAAAUUCAGAGUACCAUCAUCAUUCAUCAGCCCCAAAGCGAGACUUUUCGGAAAUCGUAAUUACAGAUAAAUAAAUUAAGGCAAACAGAAAGUUGUCUUUGAAAAUCGUACGUGAAAAUGGGAAAAUGAAAAGACAUGAAGGUUCUGUAAAAUGACAAUAGGUACCCUUUCAAUUAAUCAAGGAUUAGUAUUACGCACUUGUAAAUACCCGUAUAAAGGGAAGGGUCCAAUUGUCCUUUCACAAAAGCCACCGUACUCGUUUCCUUAAAAGGAAUGUUUAUUUUAUCCUCAUCAGUCUCUCAAUCUGUUAUUGUGUACUAAGGUCAGCUAAUAAAAAAAGGUAAUUUUUCUCAUUGCUUCUUUCUUUUAAUCCUUUUUAACAUGAUUUCAGGAAGAUGACUGAUAGGUGUUCUUUUUUAAUCAUAGUAUAUGUAAGUUGUCAUCUUAACCAAAACCAUAACAAGGGUUAUUUUUUUCUGUUUUUCAACAUUAGUAGGAACUCUUUAUCUCAAUCAUAUAUUUGGGGUCAAAUAAUUUGCUAGAAACACUAUGAUUUUGUAUCAAUUGCAUUUGGUUCUUGAAGUACUGUACAGGUUGUUACAUGUAGAAAUUCUAUUAUCCUAUAUGUUAUUGAAUAUUUGAAUGACUACUUGUCUCUUAGAAGGCUUAAAACUUUUCAUCUUCUCGUUCUUUUAUGUCCCGAACUCUCUUUUGUCCAUUCAGUUGCAAUCCUAAACUUGAUCUUAGCUAUUUAUUACUAUUAUAGUAUAGCCUUUAAUCUAUCAAUGGAAAGAUCUUCAUGUGUUUUCUGAUAAGGAAUUAUAGAAAAAGUUAAGUGGAACUACCUGCACGGGGCAAAUGAAGAUCUCUACACACUUGUUUAGGACUCUGCUGUUUUUUAUAUUACUCUGACUCACCCCUGUUUGAUAUAAUUUGGUUCAAACAGAUAAGA